CUCUAUGACUAUUUCAACUUUCACCCACAAAUUUUUACUAUCUACUGUCAAAUAAAGUUACUUCCGUAUGACCUAUAAGUCACGAAUUCAAGCAGUGGAAGCAGUCACUAAUGCUAAUAUUAUGAUAGACCAUCUACAUCACACUCUUUGAGGAUGACCCUUCCCCCAAUCCUACAUGAACGUGGGGUGCUUUGCGGACCGAACUGCCCUUUUUUAUUAAAAAAACUAUAUGCUAGCUUUAGUGUUUUACUAUAUCUCAACUUAUACCCACAUGAAGGGGAAUCUUGGAAUAACGGUCAUAUAUUCCAUGUGACCUAUAAGUUACGGGUUUGAUGUGACAUCAGAGUAAGCUACCUAUAUCACAUACCUUGGGAUGUGGCCCUUCCUCGAACCUGCGUGAACACAACAUACUUCGUACACGGGUCUGUCCUUUUAACUUUCACCCACAAAUUUUACUAUUUACCAUCAGCCAACCAUAAAAAGAGUUUUUCUUUUUCCAACUCAACCCUCUCUAACACUCUAAUAAACUCUCCAAAGUAUUAUCCAAGACUCCUCUCAAACUCAUUUUCACACUCUCUUUCAACCCUUGUCAUCAAUUUUCACCUCACCUUAAAAAGCUUCAAUUUGUCAUAGUUUCAAAAACUAAAUUUUUUUCAAUGGAGAAUGAGAAAGAGCUGCCACCAUUAGUGGAAGCGCCGCCGGUGGCGGUGGUAAUGGUGGAAGAAAACCACUCAACACAUACAUCUAUAGAAACACUGUUAGUUGUAUUAGCAGUAAUAACAAUACUUGGUGUUAUUGCUGGUAUAAUUGCUAGGUUAUGUGGUGGUAGACAUUUUAGUGGUUCAGGUGAAGAUGAUAUUGAAGGUUGGGUUGAGAGGAAAUGCAGAAGUUGUAUUGAUGGUGGUGUUUCAACCGCUCCGCCGCCACCUCCGCCGCCACAAGAAGAAGCUAAACCACCACCAGCAGCAGCAGAAGCUACUUCUACAACAGCAACAGAAGAAGCAAAGAAGUAAGAGAGAAAUAGAAAAUUGUUGUAGUAAUAUAAUUCCAUUUUAGGGUAGCUAUAACUAGUAACUAUUCUUGAGGCUUCUCUCUUUUGUAUUAUUCUUUUCUUUUUUUUUUAAUUUUUUUUUUCAAACUUUGAUAUUUUAAUCGGCUUGUGUGCA